CUGGAGAGAGCAGGGAGAGGGGGGAGCGCCGAGCUAGUCAGAGAGUGAGCGAGAGCGAGAAGGAGGGAGAGGAGGAGAAAGAGAGCGAGGGCGCGCGGGCGGGCGGGAGGCGGUGGCGGCGGCGGCAGCAGCAGUAAUAGCAGGAGCAGCAACAGAAGGCGUCGGAGCGGGCGUCGGAGCUGCCCGCUGGGGGAGAGAGAGGAGAGAGAAAGAGCGAGCGACGAGAGGGAGCCCGAGGCGAAAAAGUAACUGUCAAAUGCGCGGCUCCUUUAACCGGAGCGCUCAGUCCGGCUCCGAGAGUCAUGGCGACCGCAGCGUCUAACCACUACAGCCUGCUCACCUCCAGCGCCUCCAUCGUUCACGCCGAGCCGCCCGGCGGCAUGCAGCAGGGCGCGGGGGGCUACCGCGAAGCGCAGAGCCUGGUGCAGGGCGACUACGGCGCGCUGCAGAGCAACGGACACCCGCUUAGCCACGCUCACCAGUGGAUCACCGCGCUGUCCCACGGCGGCGGCGGCGGGGGCGGCGGCGGCGGCGGGGGGGGCGGGGGCGGCGGCGGGGGCGGUGGCGACGGCUCCCCGUGGUCCACCAGCCCCCUGGGCCAGCCGGACAUCAAGCCCUCGGUGGUGGUGCAGCAGGGCGGCCGCGGCGACGAGCUGCACGGGCCGGGCGCCCUGCAGCAGCAGCACCAGCAGCAGCAGCAGCAACAGCAGCAGCAACAGCAGCAACAGCAGCAGCAGCAGCAGCAGCAGCAGCGGCCGCCGCAUCUGGUGCACCACGCCGCUAACCACCACCCGGGGCCCGGGGCAUGGCGGAGCGCGGCGGCUGCAGCGCACCUCCCACCCUCCAUGGGAGCGUCCAACGGCGGCUUGCUCUACUCGCAGCCCAGCUUCACCGUGAACGGCAUGCUGGGCGCCGGCGGGCAGCCGGCCGGGCUGCACCACCACGGCCUGCGGGACGCGCACGACGAGCCGCACCAUGCAGACCACCACCCGCACCCGCACUCGCACCCGCACCAGCAGCCGCCGCCCCCGCCGCCCCCACAGGGUCCGCCUGGCCACCCAGGCGGGCACCACGACCCGCACUCGGACGAGGACACGCCGACCUCGGACGACCUGGAGCAGUUCGCCAAGCAGUUCAAGCAGCGGCGGAUCAAACUGGGAUUUACCCAAGCGGACGUGGGGCUGGCGCUGGGUACCCUGUAUGGCAACGUGUUCUCGCAGACCACCAUCUGCAGGUUUGAGGCCCUGCAGCUGAGCUUCAAGAACAUGUGCAAGCUGAAGCCUUUGUUGAACAAGUGGUUGGAGGAGGCGGACUCUUCCUCGGGCAGCCCCACGAGCAUAGACAAGAUCGCAGCGCAAGGGCGCAAGCGGAAAAAGCGGACCUCCAUCGAGGUGAGCGUCAAGGGGGCUCUGGAGAGCCAUUUCCUCAAAUGCCCCAAGCCCUCGGCCCAGGAGAUCACCUCCCUCGCGGACAGCUUACAGCUGGAGAAGGAGGUGGUGAGAGUUUGGUUUUGUAACAGGAGACAGAAAGAGAAAAGGAUGACCCCUCCCGGAGGGACUCUGCCGGGCGCCGAGGAUGUGUACGGGGGGAGUAGGGACACGCCACCACACCACGGGGUGCAGACGCCCGUCCAGUGAACUCGAGCUGGGGGGAGGGGCAGAGCGCGGGGCUCCCCCUCCCUUUGGGUCCUUGGCCCUUUCCCGGCCCUCUUGUUCCCUCUCUAACUUCUGAUUGUUCUUUUAUUUUUAAUUAUUAUUUCCCCAUCCCUUAAAAAGAAAAAAAAAAUUAAGGAAAAAGGAAAGCAACUAAGACACUGGACUAUCCUUUAAAGGUAGCAGGUGUAAUGAUGUGUUUUGACCUUUGCAGGCGAGUAACCAGGCAAUGGAGGGGAGUGUCUCCUGGAGAGAAUGAGGAGAGUGUGUGAUAGAUAGAGAAAGAGAGAGAUAGAGAGAUGGCAAGCACUGAGAUAAAUACCUGGCAAAACUAAAUAGAUUACCAAAAAGGAAAAAAAUGUCCACCAAACCAUGAUAAACACAAAACGCAGCUUCCUGAUGCUUGGAGUUGGCACAUGCUGCUGUGUUUAUUUGAUGUGGAUUCCCAUCAGGAAAGAGGAAAAAAUACACACUUUCUCUGAUAUAGGUAAAAUAUAAACACAUAAAUUUGCACUGCAAGAAAAUCGAAGUUUACAUGAACAAAUUCGUGAACAUAUUUUCUCUUUCUCCCGACCGUUAAUUUGGGAAUUGCCGUUUUGGGGGAUUUUGUUUUGUUUUGCUUUAUUCAUCUGAGAGAGUUGAAGCCAGCUCUUGGCCACUCUCCAUUUCUAAUGUUCUUGUGUUGCCCCUUGUUCUUACUGUUUGUGAACUUUGGUUACCUUCAGAUUCCCCUUAUGUGGGUGUAACAUCUAUUUGUUCCUCUUACCAAAGCAAAACGAUUGGCUUCAUACAAAAUACAUAAUUCUCUGCUUUCAGGAAAUGUGCAUGGUCUACCUGCUUUGUCCAAGGCAAGAAUCCAGUUUGGAAUAUAAAAAUAAGAGUCAAGCAUUGGUUGUUGUUACCAGCCACAAAGUAAACUUCAUUUUCAGGCAGUGUUUCUGGGGGAGGUUAUGGAGGGAAGAAAAAAGAAAAAUCGAUAGUGAGUGACUGAUUGCUUCAUUUUAUCAGGCGGGCCCAUUGUGAAAGAGCUCAGAGGAAAUGUGGAGGUUAAAUAUAUUCCCAGAGUUGUCCAGCAGAAAGAAAGUGGCACUUUGAAGAGAACUAGGGGAAUAUAUAGCUUCAGAUAUCCCUAUAUAGUUCUCUACCUUCAGUUUUAAUACUAUUAUGAAGAAUUAUUUGUGCUGACAGCAGCAGUAAACUUUGUUUCUCUAAUUUUUUUUACAUUAAAAAAAUGAUCCAGGAACUUAAUAGUGUAUGCAUAAAACUGUGUUUUUUAACACACAAAUACCCACAGCAUACACAGAUGAUCUCCACAAAGUAGACAGGUUUUGUCUUCACUAGCUCAUUUGUUUAUCAAGUCAUAUUUAGGGUCCCACACCCUCUUUUCCUGUAAUUUAUUGCAGAAUAUACCACUUUGACUUGGACAGCUUUCUCCCCCUCUUUCACUAAGGAAAGCAAAUGAAGUGGGGGGAAAAUGCCAUUUUCAAUCCUUCCUUUCUCCCCUUUGUUAAUAGUUUUAAGUGCAUUUUUGAUCUUAUCUUGAUGGAAAAUGGUUAACUCAAAUACAAAAGACUCUACUGGAAAGUGUAGGUGAAAAAACUUGUAACUGUAUUGAAAAUAAAUACCAUUAAACUGUGAUCAGUUAAAAUUUAAAAGAGAAAUCAGCACAAAAGGGCGCUAAAAGGGAAAACACUUUUUAUUAAUCUUAAAAGUUUGGGGGUUUUUUUUCCAGUUAGGUAUUAGAUAAAUUUUUAUUUUAAAAAAUGAAAUUCUCACUACCAUAAAAUUAUGGUUCAGCAUCAGAUUAGCAUUGCACUCAGUAGUCUUUAAGGUUUUAGGAAAUAUGCUUUAUAUUGUCUUUUCAAACACCUGUGAUUGUUUCAUUUUCAAUGUUUUUGCAAGAUAAAUGGUGACUUAUAAUGGGCAUAUUUAUUUGCCUGUAUUUCAUUUCCCCCAAUGAAUGUCGCAAGGAGAUGGGCACGGAGCUGCUUCUGGUGCAUCACGCUGCUCGUUCCUGAGGUAUGGGGACUGGCCUUUAGUGAAGCAAUCCAGAGCAGGGCAAAUAGCCACUGGUAAAGGGAGGAAAUGAAUUUUCAGAUACUUAUUACCAAGUAGGUAAGGUCAGAAGCUGGAGUUUAGAGGAUGUGUCUACAGCUUCUCUGACUCUUAUAGGUUUACUAAGAUGAAAGUUACCACUGAACCUUACCACUAUGUAUAUAUGUUUAAUAUCUGUCUUUUGAAAUGCAGAAAUAGUUUAAAUGUUUCUUUGUCUAUUUUUCUUUUUUUUUAAUGCUACCCAGGGAAAUAUUUUCAUAUCAUUUUUAAGUGGCCUGCCUCAAUGUAUAUUUAUUUCUUUUGAAGCAAAAAGGUUCUGGAAACUGUUUUUCUGUAGCUUUAAAUGAAUAGGUGAGCAAAAUCUAUAUGGGAUGUAAUUUUUUUGUUCAGUCUCUUAAAAAAUACUUUGUUUUGGUACAUUUGGUUGUGCUUGUGGGGAAAAAUAAAAACGCAGAGAUCCUUAUAUAUUUAUGUUAAAGUAAUAUUUUAUUAUCUACAUAAAACAGAAAUGCACAAUACCUUCAUAGUUUGUUCUAAUUAUUGAAAUAUCUUUAUUUUAUUUUUAAAGAUAAUCCCAAGUUUUAAGGGGGGAAAACCCUAGACUUUAAAUUGACUGAGUUGAGUUGUGUGUAAAACACUUCCCUUCCUUUAUACUUCAUAAAGUUUUGGAAUAAAUUUUAUGCAUAUACCGCCAGAUUUCAUGUUCAUAACUUUCAGAGGCUUUUUGUUUUUUUUUGUAACGGAGACUACUGGUCUAAAUCACUUUUCUUUGCAAAAACUAUCAGUCCCAAAUCUUUCAGCCACUAUGCCCGUAGCAUUAAAUUGAAAUGGUCAUUGGGUUUGAGCUUCAAUUUGUUUGCCAUUUCAUGGUCCUACAAAGAGAUGUUUGCCCCCUUUAAAUAUAUGCAGAUAUGCCUGCGUCUUCUUUUCAGGUUAUCUGUACCUUAUUCAAUUGUGCUGUUUUGGAGAUCAUCAGUGGAACUAGGUGGAUUUUAAUCUCUACCCACAGGUCCUCACAUAAUUUGGUAUCUACAGAACAGCAGGAUUUAGGAGAUUAUAAUUUUUAAUAAUUUACAAAUAUCUCUCAACAAAGAAUAACCCUGAUAGUAUGCUAUUGCAUGUUUACCAAAUGAUUAGAGGUAGAUCCUAUAUAUUAUUCCUGUUUAGUUUGCAUAAAAAGAUGAAUUUUACAAUGGUUUAUACAAUUGUGUCUCUUUUUCAUUAGGCAUACAAACAGACUUUAAUGCAAGUAAAAAAUUUAAAAAAAGAACAUAUGGGAGAGAUUCAAGCCGUGAUGCUAAUAACAGAUUGUUUCAGACAAUCUUAGAUGAAACAGUACACUUACCAAAAUUCGUUUUAAGGUUAGUGAGAAUUUCAAGCAAUGUUGAAUCAGUUUACAAGUUUGCUGAUGUAUUUAAAGCCCUUCUUGGAACAUUGGUUUAAGUAUAAAUGUCCAUUUUGAAAGGUAGUUUCUGGGCUUAUUACAUCUGAUCAUCUUUUCUAACUCCUAGUCAAUAUUACAUGGGUCUCAAACAGAUUCAGCCAAAUGAUCUUAUCAAUAGUCUGAACGAGAAGUGACAGAAAGAAGAAGUGUUUUGUGACCGCAGACAUGCUGAUGGGUAAAAUGUUUAAGCUGGGUAUAGAUUUGAGUUCUGGGUCAAUAUUCUUCCCCACUGCAGGCAGAAAACAAGCAGCAUCUGCCCUCUGCAGGGCAUUUUAGUGGACCUUGAGAAGGCAUUUUUGUUCUUAGCCACAGGGGCAGCUGACUGGAAACCAUCACAUGUUAAAUGUGCGCACCGUGGUUUUGACCCAUGCUUGCUGUUCAGAUCCUAAGGCUAUUCGGGUAGUUUCCACACUGGUUUGGGAAUAUAUUACACAUUAAGGUGGAAAACCCCCAUCACUGCCACUGGGAGAAAUUUGUGGGACAGUUGCUCCUAAGAUGUUGGCUAGCUACAACAACAAACACUUUCUUUCUCCUAAGACAAUGCAGAAUACAGCUAUUCCAAAGACCUCUCGUGUUUCCUCAAAAUAUGUUACUUUUAAUAUUUAUGUAAUAAUAUGGGGGAGAAACAAUCAUGUGAAAACGAGUUAUGUGAAGGUCAGAUGGAGGGAAUAGCCACAAAUAAUAUUAUGCUUGGCAGUCCUAAAUAUUCUAGGUUCCCACGAAGUAACUGCCUUUAUAUUUCAGAUGGUAGCAACAAAAGCAUUCUUCUCUUCCCCUUUCCCUCCUGCUCCUACCAGUGGAGGCCACACAGUGGUUGGCAAAAUUUUCUAGUGAAAUGGCUUUGGUAAAGACACUCAUCUACCUUCUUAUUUUUUCAAAAGCAACUAAUAAAGAGAUGCAACAGCAACAGUGGGGGAGGUGGGUGGCAUUUGGGUGCAAUAGUACCUGCACAUAUGUCUAUAUGCUGCAUUAAUUGCCUUUCACUUGCCUUACUUUGGAGGCAGCUUGGGUAGUGCUGGAAAGUGGGUUAAAUUAUCUUUUUAUCACUAGUCUCUGUGAUUUGUCUUUGUUGAUUUUUCAAUCAGUUUAUAGAACUCUGUUCUAGAUUCUACUGAAUUUCUACACAAGUUUAAAAAUGAGGUAAAGAAUGGAACUUGUACAGGAAAAGAAAGAAGCCUGAUGAAGCGAGGGUCAAAGGUAAAAGUGAUUCUUUGGGUCUGCUUGUAUAUUUCAGUGAGUAAGGCAAAGGACAGUGUUUAUUUAAAAUGAAAGAAAAAGAUGCAUCUUGAAGUACUACGAAUCUUGAUAUUAUAACUAAAUGGAAUGUACAACUAAGUUUUAUAUAAACGUUUUCCCUGUUUAGGAAAGUUUACUUUUCAAUGAUGCAUAGUCUUUUAACAGGGGGCAGAUGGCAGUAAGAGAGAAUCUGGGCUUCUGAUACCUAUUCCCACCAUUCGAUUCAGGAUGGGAAACAAGGCAAAAGUGGCAAGGGGUCUGCCACCAGCUAACCAAUCAUGGAAUUAACUGGCUCAGGUUUUCAGAAGGUGGGCCAUAUUAUUUUAACGCCUCCUUAUCAGGCAGGUAUGAGGGUACCAGAAAAUGGCUUUUUUAGUUAUUCCUAGGGCCUUGCUUGGCUGAUAAUGAGAUAAGGAAACAACGAAUAUUUUCACUUUUUUUUUUUUUUUUUUUGUUUUUUUUAUCUGAUUUUUUUUUUUUUUUUUUUUUGGUGUUUGGUGGGAAACUAGGAAAUUUGUUCCCUCCUUUAAAAGAAGAAAAGUUAACAAACUUCAUCAUAUAGUACCUUCCUUUAUCUUAAUGACACCUCUGCUUGACUUAGAGGUUUUAGAAAUGAUUUCAUAUCCCAUAAAAACAAUUCUGGCCUCUUCUAUUGUUCCUAGAAUUCUGAUUGUUGGUAACAUUAAGUUGUAUUUCUUCUUUCUUAAGUCUAAAAUGUUAUUUAAUAUGCCAGUAAAAGUGCAUCUAUAUCCUAAA